GCCUAGAAACCAAAUGUCUAGGGUGUUCUCUGAUUGGUCCACUGAACAUCACUUCCGGAAGCGGUGCCCCGUAUGUUUCAAAAUCGAGAUCUUUCGGAGUUUGGUGGUCGUCUCACGGCUUCCUAACAAUAUUCAGGUCCACUAUGUGCAACGAAGACCUAAUUUCAGUGGAUUAUGAAGUUUUUGGCAGAGUGCAAGGUGUAUUUUUUCGGAAAUACACUCAAGCAGAAGGGAAGAAGCUUGGUCUGGUAGGAUGGGUCCAAAACACCGGUGCAGGAACUGUUCAGGGGCAGCUACAAGGCCCAUGCAGUAAGGUUAAAGAAAUGCAAGAAUGGCUGAAAUCCACCGGGAGCCCCAAGUCAAACAUAACCAAGGCAGAGUUCAAGAACAAGAAAACGGUCGAUAGUCUAAAACAUUCAUCUUUCAAUAUAGUAAAAUAGAAUAACCUAUAGAUUGUGCCUGUAAUAUUAAGAUUGAUGCAAAUGUUUUAUUUAUUUAGUCUUUAUUUAUUAGAGGGAAUGCAGCUGAAGUAAUGAAUUGAAAAAUGGUGUCUAUGCUAUGUCUCCUUUACUUUAAAUAAAUGGGAAAUUCCUUUCAGCCUGCU